GGCUACCGGGGCCCACGCGUGCCCCUCCGUCGGUGGGACCCCCGCUGCCGGCCAGGCCGGCCCCGCCGGCAGGCCUCUCCGGGGGAGGCCGCGGGACGCGGAUGUCGGUGCCCGAGCCACUGCCACACUUAUUCCCAAGUUCCUGAACAGCAUGCCCUGGGAAGUACAGACUAUGCGUUUGAGAUGGCCAUUUCAAACAUCCGAUAUGGAGAAGGAGUUACCAAAGAGAUUGGCAUGGACCUGCAGAAUCUUGGUGCUAGAAGAGUUUGUCUGAUGACAGAUAAAAACCUCUCCCAACUCCCUCCUGUAAAUGCAGUAUUGAAUUCCUUGACAAAAUAUGGUAUAAACUUUCAGAUGUAUGAUAAUGUCCGGGUGGAGCCAACAGACCACAGUUUCCUGGAUGCCAUUAAAUAUGCUAAAAAGGGAGAGUUUGAUGCCUAUGUUGCUGUUGGAGGUGGAUCUGUAAUAGACACCUGUAAAGCUGCCAAUCUGUAUGCGUCCAGCCCUACAUCAGACUUCUUGGAUUAUGUCAAUGCUCCUAUUGGGAAAGGGAAGCCUGUCACUGUGCCCCUCAAGCCACUUAUUGCAGUUCCUACAACAGCUGGAACUGGAAGUGAAACCACUGGUGUUGCCAUUUUUGACUUCAAAGAACUCAAAAUAAAAACCGGUAUUGCUUCAAGAGCCAUUAAGCCAACAUUAGGCAUCAUUGAUCCUUUACACACACUCUCUAUGCCUGAACGAAUAGUGGCCAACAGUGGCUUCGAUGUGCUUUGCCAUGCUCUUGAAUCGUACACUGCUCUUCCUUACAACAUGCGCAGUCCCUGCCCUUCAAAUCCAAUCAACCGACCAGCGUACCAAGGCAGCAACCCCAUCAGUGAUGUCUGGGCUCUUCACGCGCUGCGCAUUGUGGCUAAAUAUUUGAAAAGAGCCAUCAGAAACCCUGAAGACCGUGAAGCAAGAGCCAGCAUGCACCUAGCAAGUGCUUUUGCUGGUAUUGGCUUUGGCAAUGCUGGUGUUCAUCUCUGCCAUGGAAUGUCUUACCCUAUUUCUGGUUUGGUGAAAAAUUAUAAACCAAAGGAUUAUAAUGUGGAUCACUCUUUAGUGCCACAUGGCCUUUCUGUGGUGCUGACAUCCCCAGCAGUGUUUGCUUUCACUGCACAGAUACAUCCUGAGCGGCACUUGGAAGCUGCAGAGAUACUAGGAGCUGACAUCCGCACUGCCAGAAUCAAAGAUGCGGGGUUUAUUUUGGCAGACACGCUCCGGAAAUUCCUAUUUGAUCUGAAUGUUGAUGAUGGCUUAGCUGCAAUUGGUUAUUCUAAAGCAGACAUCCCUGCAUUAGUCAAAGGCACUCUGCCUCAGGAGAGAGUGACUAAACUAUCACCACGUCCCCAAACAGAAGAAGACUUAUCUGCCCUCUUUGAGGCUUCCAUGAAACUUUAUUAGCUUAAACAUUUUGUUCUGAAGUGUGUUGUAUUCUAACACAAAGGUAAUUUCUUAUAAAUAUGGGGCUGAAUUUGUUAUAGAAAAUGGAAGAACUUGGGUACCUUUGACUUCUGUUCCAUUGUACACUGCCAAAAGGCCAACUAAUUCAUCUUUAACUAAAUAAUGCUUUGAAGCAAAUGCUUGACUGUCAUUUUUUCAUGCUCAGUAGUCACUACUAUUAACUUGCAUAAAAGUUGGAGGAGAUUUCUCACUUUACUGAAGGCUUUCUUGCACUUCAGAGGUGGUCAAAAGUGGGAAAAUGUUUUAAAGGAUAUUCCAAACCAUUUUGCAAAUUAUGAUCUUUAUUUAAAUUGUCCAUGAUUUUGUUUUAAAAAGUCAUGCUAUUUAAGAAAUAAUUGAGGUAAUUUUUAAUUAGGGAGCAGGAUCUCCUCUGCAGAAGAUGUCAGCUUACUGUAUUCUGUUCCACUUUAUCAUCUUUUUACCAUCUGACUUUGCUAAGAAGGCUAUUGAAAUGGGGUAUGUUUUGUUGUUUGGUUAAGAAAAAACCUACACGCUUCACAGUUGUUUGGAAAAGGAUUCCUCAAAGUUUGCUUUAGGUUAAAAUUCUGACAUGUAUUGUCAGAUAUUUAUCUUUCCUUUUAAGAUCUGCAUGAAGCAUUAGUAGGAGGAGCAAAACUAGACUAGAGUAUUGUCACAUGCUCAACAGGAACUACAUAACAGCAAGACAUCAUCCAUCAUGGUCACUUUGUCUCUGUGGAGACAACAGAUCCCUUUUCCUGAUGCAUUCUGUGGAAAGAAACUAUCAACUUUAUUGUGCUUCUCUGUGAAGCAAUUGCUUCUGCUGAGCUCCUGCAGGUGCUGUCACUCAGAGUGCAGCCACCAGCUUAAGGAAGUGGCAGCGUGCUGUGGUUCAGUAUUAAAAAGUGGUGGUAUAGCAUAUGGCUGCACAGUGCCCCAUUGGGAGUGCUGGUUAAACGUGGGAAUAAGUGUGCACGUUCAGAGCAGUUAACCAGCUGCUUGACUGUCAACUGAGAAAGGGAAGUGGGAAAGGGAGAAAUGAAAGUAAAAUUUUAAUACUGGUUUGGUUUGGUUUUUUUUUUGCACAUGGUUGUGUGUACAGUUCAUUUAAAUCAGAUUCUGCUUCAUGUUGGACCCCUUCAGCAUCUGAUUUAUGCAGCUACCACAGCACAAGACAACCCCAGUAACCACCCCAUAACCUCUGGUGUCAUUAUUUCUUUCUGCCAGGGAGGGAGCACUUUUCAGUCACCCUGUUGAAGUAGAAGGCUCUAUACUUAGACCUUUGCAUUCUUGUGUUUGUCUGGUAAAGCUAGCGCUGUCCUAGAAUCUGAGGACAGAUGUGUACUGGAUAUUGACAUUGGAUCUGGUUUAAUGGUAUUAAAAUAGGUGAAUGGAUACUGCUUGAAGACUGGAAACUUUGGUUUUAACCACAGAACAGGUUUAGUGGCCACAGGGACUGCACUGCCAGUAUGCCUCAGCCUGUGCUGGGACACAUGUUUGAUUUCCAUGUCUUUCUGAAUCUUGUCCUCUGCUGUAACUGCCCACAAGAACCUCUGUCACAAAGGCUGAUGUAAUAGCAAGUGGCAAGGGAUUCAUUUUAUUGUAUUGUGCAAAGCUGCUGUAUUUGAAAAAACUUUGUACAAACACUUUUGUAUAUAAUCUUUUGGCCUAUUUCAUCUUUCCACUCCUGUCUUUUUUCCAGGCUGGGGUAGCAGUACAGAGUCCUGAAGAGAGAAUCUUUUUUCCAGGAGCUUAAUUCAUGGCAGCCAUGCAGUGUUUAGGGAAUAUACUUUCUGGGGAACUGAACAGCAUGUGAGUUUCAUCACUGCAGCAGAGCACUUUGAUGAGCUAGUUAGGAAGGUAGGGUAUUUCCUUCCAGCAUGCUUUUUAUUUGCCAUUUAUGCCAGUACUGCAGUUAUUAGCAGGCUGCAUUUUCAACUGUCAGAACCUCUCACUUAACUUCCCAUACCAGAUAACCCAGAGCUCUUGCUAGUUUUCAAAUUAAGCCUCACACCCCCCUCUGAUAUAGUAGGUUCUAUCCAUAUUUUAUAGAUGAGACAAAGACUGAUAUAAUGCCUAACCCAACAUAAGCAGAUGGUGCUGUAAGAUGGGCUAUUUCCAUUUUCCACACCCCUUUGGCAGCAUCAGGGUCUUUGACUGGCUUAAACUGGUUGUGAAAUCUUACUCACAGACAUCAGCUAAACAAAUGUUCUCCCACCACCAACUAUUAAUUACUAGUGGAAAUUUCCUGAGGAAAAAUCAGGGGAGCUCAAGUCGCCCCACAGUGCUGUCUUUCAAAUAGUGGUGGUGUGACAGGGAGUCACACCCUGGCUCCCAGGCAAUGGUAGUUUUAUUCACAACUGAACAGUUACUGUGGUUUUCCAUGUAUUAUCUUACUAAAUUACUCUAUAUUGAGAUAACCUAGUUGGUCAAAUAUAUCUGUAUCUUUGAACAUGCCUAUUUUGUGGACAGAAGCCUGGCAUUUGUAUGGUGACACUGUAAUUGUGAGUGCCCCGCAGUGGUUGGGCAUGUGUGUGAAAUCUGGGUGGCUUGUUCCUGUGACUUCUGUUACUCAAGCCCCCCAUGACGGAUCCAUUAUUGCCUUUAGAUGAUACUGAAAUACAAAUAACAAGUAAUAUUGUACUUUCUGUAAACACAAGCUUGUUUGAAAGUGUUUGAGAGCAGCGUUUAACUCUGUCAUGUUAACUUCAAUCCUACAAAGUAACUAUGAACCCAAAUCAUUCAGAGAAAGUCAGUGUUCACUAGCUUCACAGAACACAGUUGAUUCCUCCUGCAACGUUGUUUGCUUGGUGAGCUUGGCACUAUGCAGACAAAACCAUUGUAUGUAUUGUGGGUGACAACCAAGAGCUUUCCAUAGGCUUUCCAAAGAGCUUUCCAAAGGCCUUCCAUAAAUAAAAGCAUCCAAACUGCUGCACAGUAUUUCUGUGAACAUUCAAGACAGUUUCCAAAUGCCUCACUGCAUAAUCAGUAUAUAGUUAUAAGUACUAUUACAUAUUUUAUGACAACGCUAUCAAUCCUUAUAUGUCAUACUUGUUAGCAGUAGGGCUUGAUUGAGUUCUUCUCCCUUGUGGAGUCAGAGACUUAGUUUCUGCCUUAGCUGUAACUGUAUAAAAGGAUUUGUCAGUCUUUAUAAGAAGAACAAAUACCCAAUUUAUCUAGACCAUGGGUUUUGAAUAGGUUUUAAGUAAGCAUAAAUGGCAGCUCUUCAGUCAUGACAGAAGAAUGGUUUGAAGAGGCUUUAGGGACUUCUGUCAGAGUAGGAGUUACCACAUUUGUGAUUCUUGCUGCAGACAUUGACCUGCAAUUUCUCUACCCUUGUCCUGUAUUCUCCAAGUUCUGCACAAACACAAACCUGACCUUGGCACAUCUGGAUACUCACUCAGUCCCUCUAUAGUGAUAAGGCUAGCUCUGAGGAGCAAGUAUGAACAAGUCCAUGUGUAGCGCUGGUGAAAAUCGUUUACCAGUUGGUACAGUUUUACCUGGAGUACAAAAUGGAAAGCCCAUGCCCCUCAUAAGGUACUGAGAGCUUGCAGGGUUGCUGCUUGGCAUCAACAGAAAUGAGGGGAGCUGGUACAAUAGUUAGUCUGGCCUCUCUUUUUUCCUUGCCUCUUCCCAUUCUGGUGCUGAUUUUCCCAGCAGUUAAAGCAAAAAGCGAAUGAAGUGAAAAAUAUGUAACAUGCCUAAAUCUGCAAAAACUCUCACCAUCAUCCUGUGUGAAUAAACUUGGAAAAAAACACAGGUAGGUUUGUGUGUAUGCUCCUUCCUUGUUUCACUGUCUUCACUUUAGGCAAUGGGCUAAGGCUGUCAUCUUCUGUUGUGGUUGGCUUUCCAUCCCCUUGAGACCUGAAAAAUGGAUGAGAAAGAGUGAUGGUUAAGAGUCACAGCCAAGCUAUGUCUAGGCACUUUCCAUAACUCUCAAGUAAAUCUGCUUAAGCAUCACAGUGCUCCGGGACAUGUGCAGUGUGCCUUGGGUUCAACAGCUUCAACCUAAGAAAUCAUCACUGCAUUAAGCAUAUCUGUGCAGAAUGGACAAGGGCAACCUGAUGUGAUGCAGCAGGAGGCCUAAAGAUAUGGUCUCUAUUUUUUCUCAGACUAUCCCUGUGUGCUUCCUAAUUAACAAGGAACUUAAUUUAAAUUCAGACAGCAGCUAGUGAAUACAGGAAGUGAUGUGACCAUUUUCCUGAUCUCUCUGGGAGCUCAUGCAGCAGUACACAGACUACUUGUCUGCCACAGUGUCAGCUGGGCAGUGAGAAGAGGGUCUUCCACACCUACCCACCCCUGCUAAACUUGCAUCAAAACCUGGUUCCAUCUUUGAGUUGUCACUAGGCCACCUGCAGAAGAAGUUCCUCUUUGAUCAGUGGUGGGGUGGGACUGUCAGUGACUGAAUUUGCAGAGGUCUUAGCUCUCUUUGUGCAUGUGGUUUUUUCCACAGGGAGUUACCUUUGAUCUUGCCUGCAGUGUACAUAUGAGAAAUCACGCAGGCUGUUUGUUACAUAAUGUUUAGUGCAUGUUUCUUAUGCGAGUUGCCUAUGAGAAUAAGCAGAAGCUUGUACUGCUGCUCUGAAUUUCUCAGUGAAACACCAAAAAAACC